AUGAAGAACUCCGAUGUAUUUACUAGUUCCGGAUACGACAUGGUCGUUUCUGUUACUCAGAAGUCCGUGAAUGAUCAACUUAUUCACUUGGCACACCCUGAUAUUGCUACUAUCAAGACGAGCUUUAUUCUGAGCAUGGAAUAUGACGAGUUUUCGGACUCGUCAAUUCCUAAGUUUUACGACAACUACAAAGACGUUCCUAAGGAUUCUUCUGGGAAACCCCAAGAUCCUCUCAUCAAUGGAAACUACAUGCCUAGCGUUCUUAUUGAUCAUAGCGGUACGGAUAUUGUCCUGGUCCUUCAUUUCGACCGAGGCUCUGCCUGGCUUCGAGACAUGAACAGUGGUAGGCUUAAGGAGUGGGACAUGGCCGGUUGGCAGUAUGGUAUCAGCAUCUCGCUUGAUUUUGCUGGUAUCGGACGCUCUGAUCUCCAAGCUGGCAAGGCUGUUCCAGAAAUUGUCGCCGAUAAACUCACCAAGUUUGUAUCGGAAGGAUUCUCUGUGGCUCAGAUGUUUGUGAAUUUUGAAUCCACCGACCUGGUCAACUUCAACCCCAUCCACACCAAUGUCAACAAAGCUACUGAGGCAGCUAAGCAGGGUUUUGUGUUCGUUAUGACGAGCUAUCUUAAGUACUUCAAAGCUCAUCCCAAGUCGAAUCCAUUCAUUCUGGGGUACACCAUUUCAGACAAUAGAAGUCAAUCGGAUCCGGAUAAAAAUGUCCCGCCCAGCCUCAAGCCCAUCGGCCAAACGUUCAGUUUAUAUUUCGAUCCGACAGAUCAAGAUCGAAGUACAAUCAACUUCGUCCUGAAUACCGAGGGGUCUACGAAGAAAUACCUGGGUAUUGGCACUCACCCUACACCAGGGAAUUUCGAUUCUAACUGGAUCCAACCCCAGGAGCAGUGUGACGGGAAAAUGAUUUAUUCUUCGUUUUCGUUCUAUGAAUCAUUGAUCCUCUAUCCAUUCUAUGAGUCCUUUAGCACCAAGUUUUCGGAGAGAUUUAAGGACACUGACCUCAAAAUCCCUCCCACCCCAAAAUACGAAGACGCAAAAUCCGGCAUUGGUGGAAAUGUAUCCUUCCAGAUCGCCAAGGUUGAGGCGGGGGAUGAUCAAUACACCAACAAGUACUCUGUCAGCGCAUUUAACACCUCGGAAUCUUGUAUAACUAUCAGAUUCUCUGGGGAAAUUUCAUUCGAAAAAACCGCUAGAAAGAACAUUAUAUGCGAGGCGGUAGCGUGGGCAAGCACUAGAAUAGAAUGGUCCGCCGAAAUAACACUCACUCAGACGAAGGAUAAGGAUGGAAAGGUAACCAUCGAAGUAAAGGCGUCAGAUCCGGUGUUCUCACAAUAUGGCCCAUCAUCCGGGAAGAACGGGUGCGCUGAGUUCUGGGAGGAGGUCGCGAUAAUUAUUGGAACGAUCCUAGAUGUCCUCAAGGCUAUCUUCACUUUCGGGUUGAGUACCGAUAAUUUCUUUUCGAAGCUUUUCUUGGAACUGGUAUCCCCUGAUAUGGGUAGGUUACCAGGUCCUGCGGCGUUUGUUGGUGGUCUGGAUUCCAACAUCAACAGUACUUUUAUGCUGCCUGCUGGCCAGGUCUUUUUCUCCAAGAAACCUACGAUCGACAGUGACGGAGACUUCAGUGUACAACUGACCUACAAGACCGAGACUUAUCAUCUUACUAGCGAGCCUUCCUUAUAUUCAACCGCCACAGAGGUCAAAUACCAAUACGAACAAACGCCAUGUUCACGCAUCAUCUCGAUCCCGAAUAUCGAGCAUCUCUGUGAGGCCGCAGCGAUAGUAAAAAAGACUCGACUGUUUGAUAUGACUGGAAACGGGCCCCAGGAUAUUGCGAUGAACCCGUCACCGUUAGCUGCCCCCAUGGUUGACGUAAUAACGCUCAAUGCUGCGACGGCACAACAUAGCAAUGGUUUGAAAGCAACCGUGUCAUCAGAACUAAUGUCCAAUAUACAACAAGCUAUGCCAGUUGCUCCCUCCUCGACAUUUGAUGUUGUUAAAGAUAGCGUCGGAAACCCUUUGAUAUUCACUAUUGGCUCUGAGGGAAGCUUCCAGAUGCUCCGAAGCACGUCGGGAGAAAAUCUGGAUGGCUGGUCCUCCGCGAAUUUGCUGGACUCUUUCCGUAACUACUCUCGCGCUGUUCAAUUCGACGUGACUCAGGACACGAAAGGUCGCAUUUCGCUUGCUUUCAUACUCCAGAGAGAGGAUUCGACGGGGACCGAUGUGUUUUUUGUCAGCACGAUGCCCAACAACGUAGCGGAAACGGAUUUUUCCAAGUUAUCGUCCUUGGCAACUAAAGUUGACGGCCUCGAUAAGAAUUUCAUAGGACGCCACAUACUGGUGGGAUCAUCCGACGAUGAUUGUGACCCUCAGAUUGUUGUUGUCGGAGAUGCGCAUGGUUCACGACAUUACUACCAGGUGAAUAGUGAUACCAACGUUGCGUUCAGGGUUGAAUUCCCCGAAGGGUUAGAUGUGGAUGAGAAUGGUCUAUUUGGACUUCAGAUGGGAUUCAACUUCAGCCAGCGAGCGAACUAUUUUCUCUACAAGCUGGGAGAGUCGGUGUCUUUAAUUGCUAAGACAAUUGGUGAUGACAAACAGGGGUCCUUAUCCUAUGACUACAGCCCAGGAAAUUCACACUUGCCUGAGGCGUAUCGCCACUUGGCAUAUAGUAGCAUUGUCGUAUCAACUUCACGGGCUGAGGUGAGAAAUCCAAGUUCCGAUAUAUACGUUGGGGCAGCUACCGGGCUUUACCGCAUUCCAAACGGAAGAGCCGACCUCAUGGAACAAGUUACAGGCUCUAUCAAGGACGUACGCCAGGUCAAGAUAGCCAAGGAAGACUCAGGUGAGAUGUCUCUCUGGGUAGAGGCUUCGCCAAGUUCUCUAUAUCUAGUCCGUGGAGAGCGUCAGGAAGGACAUGUCGUGAAGUGGAAUGAACCUAUCCUUUUCGCCAAAAACGUACUUCACGUGGCGCCUCUUCGCGUCGUCAAGUCAGAUAAUGGCCCGAGCAGUAACGAGAUAUUUACCUUGGACACGGAGCUUACCGUCACACAUUACUGGCAAGAUCCGUCCUCAACCCUCUGGAAUCACAAGACUGCCAGAGUCGGCCAGAGCGACUACGUUGUCAAUUUUAAUUCGUUCACGACCCUGUUUCACCUCGGUGACCUGUCCGGAGCUCCUGUACGCGCCAAGGUUAAGAUCACGUCAAGCGAAUGGCAGUAUGCCACGGUUAACGGCCUUGUUUAUUCUCUAGACAAUCAUGUGCCCGCGGAGGUUGAGACUGACGAGUUCGGUGAUAUCACCAUCAUAAGCACUGCUUCCGACGUCGCUCCAGCCGUGAUUCAUAUUGCUAGCGACGCUUUCAACGAGACUCUGAGCAUUUUCCCCAAUGGAAAAAUACACCACCAUCUUCUUGGCAUAACUGACGGGGCAUCACUGAGAGCAGCACGGACUCAGGAUGGCAAGUCAGUACUCCCGAGUGAAAUAUCUGAAGAUGUAUCCGACGGGAUUGCGCGGUCGCUUUCGAUGAUCCGCGGAUCUGUCGGUGACAGCUUUCCUCCGCACAAAUACGGAAACAUCUUCACGGCCGUGGAGACGCCCAACGAUGUGACGGGAGUGGCGAUCAAACAUGACCUACGCGCAACCGUCUCGCUUUCCACGAUCCCUGACGGGUUUUCCCUGGGACUCGGAACGAAGGAUGGAUCUUGGGCAGUAUUCAGCGACGAGGAGAUCGAGGAAGUGAAGCGAGACACGCCGUUCCGGAUCGAAUCGUGGGGCGAGGUAAUUGGCGACAUCUGGCACUGGAUAGAGAAUACCUUUCACGAUAUCGUCAAGUUCGUCGAAGACGGCGUUGUCAAACUCGCAAACGGGGUGAAAUUCAUCAUCUCGAAGGUUGGGGAUGCAUUCGAGUUCGUGCUCCAUAUAGGAGAUAAAAUCCUCCGACUUGUCUUGGAUACCUUGGUCACUAUUUACAAAGGGUUGAACUUCCUUCUAAAGCUCGUCGGAAUUGACCUAGAUAAGGUUCUCGCCUGGUUCGGACACUUGCUAGGAUGGGAUCACAUAUGGGCUACACAUAAAGUCAUUGCCGAGACCAGCAAAAGCUUUCUAGACUACGGCGUGGCUGAAGCCGCAACUCUCAUUGAGAGCACCAGAGCCGAGGUCAAGUCGAUCUUCGCAACCAUCGGAAAGGAUAUAAAGAAUUUAUCACUUCCCCCUGAGUUCAGUAGCCAGACGAUCUCGUCAAUGAAGCAAACAGCUACAGAGAAAGACGAUGGGAUGCAUAACAUUUCGGAGAUGACACCAGCCAUCAACAUGGCAACUUAUCAUUUACGCCAUGCCGCACCGUUGAAUAAGGAAGACGAGAUAACCAACGAACCGCAAGAUUUUGAUUCCAAUGAUCCUAUCGUCCAGCUUUUCGAAGAUGUCCUCAAGCCAGUUUGGGGAACCAUUGAAGAGAAGCUCAAGCAAACCGGGACAGACCUCGUGGCUCUUCUCACGAAUGGAACGAUCGCGGAUCUACAGCGAGUUUGCGUAGACUUCGCCGAUAUUAUCAUCUCGGGGCUUGCUGCGUUCAUCGACGGCGUGCUCAAACUAGUCGAGGACAUGAUAGUGGACCUGCAAUCGGAGAUGGAAAAGACGAUCAACGCGCCUAUUUUCAGCGCACUCUACGAAUUCGUCUGUGGAUUGAUGGGCGAGAAAGAGCCGAUGACGAUUUUGAAUCUCGCCUCUCUCAUCGCUGCGAUUCCAGCUACAACAGUAGCCAAGAUUGCGACCGGAAGCACGCCGGACCAGUGGUGCGAAGGCAUUAAACUCGACAAGGCCCCGGAAGCCUUAGCAGAUGUUUUCAAGAGCCUCAAUCCAGCCCUAGCAACAGCAAGUACAACAGAAAACACCUUCUCUGAUAAAGCAUUCGUCCCAGGAGGUACGGAUGGUACAACGUUGAACCAGCAAAGCUUCAGAUGCCCGAAAGCAUUACGGAUCAUCUCCUAUCUCCAGGGCGUGGUCUCUCCUGUAUGUGCAGUUGGCGCCAAUCUAUCAUGGCUGUUUUCCGUGGCCCCAGAAGGUGUGAGGCCUGUAAAAAUGACCAGUCUUUCGCUCUCGACGCUAUGUAAAAGACUCGCGAACAUGAAAAUCCUGUUCUCCAUGCCCGUUCCCAAGGACGAGCAAGAGUGGUGGGCAUACUGUUGUCGCUGGGUCGCUUGGAUUGUACCGGGCAUCUACAAUCUAGUUCUCGACAUAUUACCGAAGAAGGCGAACGAUCUUCUUGGAUUUGUUGUGAACUGCGUUUGCCUAAUUCUAUCGAUAGUGACCGACGCCGGCGAACGGGCUCACUGGAGCAAUUGGCUUACUGAUAUUGCCUCUAAUAGUGGUGGGUUGGUAUCGAGUGUGGGUAAAAUAUCCGAGCAGCACGUUGUCAUACUGGCAGGAAUGGGCAUUAGUACACUAAUCGGUGGUGGCGGAUCCUUCCUCAGAACCUCCAUCGCAAUUGGGAAUGAUGAUGUUUGGAGGGCUAAUAAUGUGGGUGGAUGCUAA